AUGAGAUGUUUUAACAAAUUCAUUUCUGACAGCAAUCUUAUUGACCCUCCCCUCACAAAUGCAAAAUUUACUUGGUCUAAUCUCAGAGUUCAACCAGUUCUCUCCAGGAUUGACAGAUUCCUUUAUACAACAAAUUGGGAAAAUAUGUUCACUGCCCACUAUUCAAAGACUCUCUCGCGAGUUACUUCAGAUCAUUUCCCAAUUGCACUGGAAUCCUCCAUGAUCAGUUGGGGCCCUUCUCCUUUUAAGCUUUUAAAUGUACAUCUGAAAGAAUCAUGGUUCAAAAAAAAUGUCACAGUUUGGUGGAAAAAUUUGAGACAGGAGGGGCACCCAGGCUUUUCUUUUAUGAGAAAGCUAAAGCAACUAUCUGCCAUUAUAAGAAGUGAGCAAAGAAAAAACAAAUGCUACAGUGAUGAAGAUAAAAAUGCUUGGAUAAGAGAAAUCGACAACAUAGACAGAUUAGAAGCUGAAGGAAAAUUUUCUGAAGAGCUUAGCCUCCGAAGGACUAGAUUAAAAGCUGAUAUCCUUAUGUCCGGAUUCAAAGAAGCUCAAAUAUGGCACCAAAAAAGCAAGAGGUUAUGGAUCACAGAAGGAGAUGAAAAUACAUCUUUCUUCCACAAAAUCUGCACUGCCAGACAAAGAAGAAGCAUUAUAUCAAAUAUUAAAUCUGUGGAUGGUGUUCCCUGUUCAACAAAUGAAAGCAUUACAAAAGCUUUCUUAGAUCACUUUGAAGACAUUUACAAAGGGGGUGGAGAGGAAAGCCCUUGGCUUAUUGAUAAUCUUAGUUGGUCUCCUAUAGCAACCACCCAAGCACAAAAUUUAUGCUCUUGUUUCACGGAGGAGGAAAUUCAUGCAGCCCUUACUGCUUUCUCAAACAAUAAAAGCCCAGGUCCAGAUGGCUUUACCAUGGAAUUCUAUAAAUCAACUUGGUCUGACCUCAAGGAAGAAAUUCUCAACAUAUUCAAAGACUUCCACUCAAACUGUAUCAUUAACAAAGCAGUAAACAUCACAAAUAUUGCUCUAAUUGCCAAAAAGGAAAAGUGUGCGGAGCCUGCGGAUUACAGACCUAUUAGUUUAACGACCUCCAUUUACAAACUUAUUGCCAAAGUCAUUGCGGAAAGAGUAAAAGAAACUCUUCCAUCCACAGUGGCAGAGAAUCAAAUGGCCUUUGUAAAAGGCAGACAAAUCAUAGAUGCUAUCUUAGUUGCAAAUGAAGCCAUCGACUAUUGGAGAGUUAAAAAAACUCAAGGCUUUGUUAUAAAGCUGGAUAUUGAAAAAGCAUUUGACAAACUGAACUGGAGAUUCAUUGAUUUCAUGCUUAUGAAAAAGGGGUACCCCUUCAGAUGGAGGAGAUGGAUAAGAGCUUGUAUUAGCAGUGUGCAGUACUCUGUUAUCAUCAACGGCAGACCCAGGGGCAAAAUUCAACCUUCCCGUGGAAUAAGACAAGGAGACCCUAUCUCCCCUUUUAUUUUUGUCCUAGCAAUGGAUUAUAUAAGCAGGCUGCUGAACUCUAUGGGUGAAAAAAUCAAAGGGGUGAAAAUGGAAAGCAACAUAAAUCUGACACACUUACUCUUUGCAGAUGAUAUUCUGCUUUUUGUAGAAGAUGAUGGGCACUCAAUUCAAAAUUUAAAGAAUAUCAUCAACCUCUUCCAGCUUGCAUCGGGGCUGAGUAUCAAUCUAAAUAAAUCCACCAUUUCUCCUAUAAAUGUUGAUGCUGCAAGAACUGAACAGAUAGCUUCACAAUGGGGAAUUUCCACAAAAUUUCUUCCAAUCAACUACCUUGGAGUUCCUCUCGGAGGUAAACAAACCACAAAGACUUUCUGGAAGAAUGUUGAAGAAAAGAUAAACAAAAAACUUGCCAGCUGGAAAUAUUCUAUGUUAUCUAAAGGAGGUAAAAUUACUCUGAUUAAAUCUUCUUUGGCUAGCCUUCCUACCUAUCAGCUAUCAAUCUUCAAAGCCCCUGUAUCAACCUGCAAAAACAUUGAAAAAACCUGGAGAAAUUUCUUAUGGAAGAAUCCACCAGAGACCCAUAAACUACACCUAGUUAAUUGGGCGAAGAUAACUACUCCAAAAGAGAGAGGAGGACUGGGUAUAAGUCGACUGAAAGACACCAACUUUGCUCUUCUAACAAAAUGGCUCUGGAGAUACAUUCAUGAAGAUUCCCCCCUAUGGAAGAAAAUAAUAAAUGCAAAAUAUAGAAGCCUUUCAAAAGGGGACAUUCCUUGUGUUUGCAAUCAUAGCAGCAGCCGUUCCCCAUGGUUUUCCAUUUGCAAAGGCUUGGAGUGGUUUCAAAGACAUGUUUCAUGGAAAAUUAAAAAUGGCAGAAGCUUCUCCUUUUGGCAUAGUCACUGGCAUCAAAAUAGUCCUCUGUCUUUGCACUACCCCAGAUUAUUUGCUCUAUCUACAAAUAAGGAUAGCUCAAUAAGAGACAUGUGGAAUAAUAACUUGAUGGAUUGGGAUCUAAAUCCAAGAAGACAGUUAAGAGAGUGGGAAUAUCCUCUGUGGGCUGAGUUAAAAAACUCCCUAGAUGCAAGCUUUUGCGAAAAUGGAAAAGACUCUCCAGCGUGGACCCUAAACUCUAAUGGCUUAUACACAGUGGCCUCGGUUAAAAAAGCUCUCCAACAGCCUGAUCAAAGCCUCAUAGACCUCCAAAGCCAAAACACUUUCAAGAAUCUUUGGAAGACAAGCAUCCCAAAGAAAUGCAUCUUUUUCAUAUGGACUCUGCUCUAUGAUAGUGUGAACACUGCUGAACAACUUAUGAAGAGAUUACCAAAUCUCUGUUCUAGACCGAGCUGGUGUGUCAUGUGUAAGAGAAAUGACGAAGACAGAAUUCACCUCUUUAUCCUAUGCCCCUUUGCAAAGUCUAUUUGGAGAUUAAUAUCGUCACACUUAAACAGCAAUGUAAGCUGCCUCAGCCCAAAAGAUCUCUGUAUUACCAUGUGCAGCUGGAACCAGAAAACAAAGAAAAAUGUAAUUCUCUACAACACCUAUGCCUCUGCCCUCUGGAAUAUCUGGUUGGAAAGAAAUGCCCGCAUCUUCAAUGGGAAAGAAAAAACAGUUGCAGAAAUAUGGGAAGACACAAAAGCUCUUGCAGGACUAUGGACCAGUAGAUCUUCUCUUUUCUCAAAUUAUCAAGCUUCUUCCAUAGCACUAAACCUUAAUGCUUUUAGUUAG